AUGGUCCUGCGGGAGAAAGUGGACAUGAGUCAGUGCAGGCAAAGUCUGCGGCAAACCUGCAAGAAGGUUCGGUUUUGCUGCGCCUGUCACCGCGACCGCUGCCUUCUGAAAGUGCCUCUCCAAGCACGGGGUAAGCGGGAGCCGAUGGACGCAAAACAACUUGCAGACCUUUUUGAACGGCUGUGCAAGGCAGGCAAGCCAUGGGCUGCAGUGCUCAGCCUUCUCCAGCUCCAAUGCGGUGAGCGCGCUGACUGCGCCCGUCGAUGCACCACAGCCUGGCUGCACCACAUUGACCCAGGAUCUGCAGAGCCCCCCUUCAUUUGCAUCCCAAAUUUCAACCGAAAGACAAAAGCUCGAGAGGUGCCCCUGUGUGCCCCCUUCGCAGUGGCUCUCUAUGGCUGGCUGCACAUCUCCCCGCUGACAGGCGCCAAGAACUCCCAGUGGCCCUUUACCGCGCCUGUCCAGACAGACGCUGACCAGCUCCUAUUCCCGGGCCUCAGCAAGGAGGCUGGUCAAGGCAAGGGCUGCCGCAGAGACUGGCGGCGCCCGGUCACUGAGCGCGCGUACCUGGCGAGCAUCUCACAGGUUGCGGCCGCUCUGAGGCGCGAGCGGCAAGAAGCCCGCCAAGAGCUGCGGACCCACCUGUGGGACGAUGUGGAUCUCUCCAAGCUGGGCACUCACAGCCUCAAGCGCUCAAGCGUCUGUCUGCUGAAGGACGUUUGCAUGAGCACAGCGGUUGUCGCGGCCAUUUGCGGCACGACUGCCAGGACCCUGGACAAGAUCUAUGACGCGCCCACAAGGAAGCGUCAAAGAGCAGCAGCAACAGACGCCUUUGCCUCGCUUAUGUCCUCGCUCCGCUCUGCGUCUGUCUCAGGCGCUGGCCGCAGGAAGAUGCUGUUCUGCUGCGCCUGUGGCGAAAAGCGAGCCAGUGAUGCCUGGCAGUGCUGCCCUUUCUGCGGGAAGGCUUAUUAUGAUGGCUGA